AUGCCCGUCUUUGAAUAUUCUCCUCUGGAUCAAGGGCCUUUCAGCACCCGCAUACUCCAUCUGCUUCCAAGCAAAGACAGAGCCGCUCCGAUUGAAUGCCAGCUUUCCAACCUUUCUCUUCGGGACGAUAUUGCCCAAGAGUACGACGCCCUCUCAUACGUGUGGGGAGAUGAGGCGGACGGACAGUGUAACAUCUCAAUCAACAACCAGGCUUUCUCCGUAGGAAAGAAUCUACACUCCGCACUCCUUAGGCUUCGAGGCCAUAGAGUUGAACGGAGAUUAUGGGUCGACGCAAUUUGCAUCGACCAGAACAAUAUGAGAGAGAAGGAGAAGCAAAUCCAGAACAUGGCGCGCAUAUAUGAGCAGGCCAGCCAGGUGAUGGUGUGGUUGGGUGAGGAGGCAAAUGAUAGUACUCAGGCGUUAGAAGCCAUUCGUGUCGCGGCAGGGUCAAGGUAUUCUGGAGAGGAUUCCAAUCUGCCAUCAGGAAGCGUCCCCAUUGAGGGUAUCAAAAAUCUGUUCCUUCGGGGGUGGUUUUAUCGCAUGUGGAUCCUCCAAGAGGUGGGCCUCGCUCGGAAUAUUCAGAUUCUGUGUGGUCCUGUCAGAAUGAGCGGUUACACAUUUGCCACGGGCAUCGAAGCAUAUAGUCGGUAUGCUGGACCUAGUGUGAUGAGUACAACACAUCUGAUUCGUGGAGCAAUCUUUCGUCCUCAAUAUGGAACGUAUCCGAUAAAGAAGCUCUUCCUAUCCGAGUUGAUUGAUAUGCAUCAUACAAACGAAGCCUCUAUCUUGCAUGACAAAAUCUAUGCUUUACUGGGGCUGAGCUCUGAUUCUCAUGAAGCACCUGGCCUGUUACCCAACUACCAGCUGUCCUGGGAGCAACUCUUUCAACGAUUAAUCUGGUUCCUUUUGAAUGAACAGAUAUCAGUGAAGACCUGGCCUGGUAGGGAAUUUGCGAGCAUACAGAGCAGUGGAAGGAUCUUGGGUUUCGUUGUCACCAGGGAAGACCAGGACACGAAGACCAUGUUGCAAGUGCUCUUGACUGGUCAAGGGACGGGUAAGGAGGACUACAAGAAAGUGCGGAGAGUAAAAUGGGCCAUCAGGAAACCAGUGGAGUUGUUCAAGUUGGGUGAUAUCAUAUGCCUCCUGGAGGGAGUUUCAUAUCCAUCCAUCAUCAGAUACGUUGAUGGCUGUUUUAGAGUGAUCGUGCUAAGGGCCGUUCUCCAAAACAGGGGUGACAGUGCUGAAUUCCAACAAGUACUGUCCGAGAACAAUCGUCCGGCUCUGAACUUGCACCUUGUUUGGAGCUGGAAAGAGCAAUUGUCACCUUCCUUUGGUGUGCUCGACUUGGCAGCAGAGGCUGUUGGAACGGAGUCGGCAAUUGAGAAGGUUCUAUGGGACACUAAUGUUGCAAUGCACGAGACAGCAUACAACAGAGAAAGAAUGUACUGGCCAGCCAUGUUUGGUACCGAGGACAUCUUUCGGUUGUUUACAGAGCGACUCGGAUCUUGGCAUCCAAAGACACGGAUGGCCUUGUACAGCGUGGCGCUCUUGUAUUCCACGGCGGAUAUUGGCGUCAAGGCAGUCCCACUACUCUUUGAUCGAUUUAGGGCAAGAGAGAUAUUGCGGCAGAUGUGCGGACUAUCGAAUUUAUCGUCGUUGGUGGGACGUGACUACAUUCACCGGAAGUACAUCAAUGAACCGGAUUUUGUUUCUGGAAAUAUGGAGGUACCAAUUCGCCUGAGGCCAAAACUAUUGGAGGGACUAAAUGGUCUGCUACGUGAGAUUAAGCACAGGCCCUCUUUAACGCUCUAG